UUUCAGCAAGUAUUCUAUUCAAUUUCAUAAAAAGAACUGAAACAGCAUCCCAUUAUCUGAUAAGAUUUAAUGUUUCAGGAAAAACAUUAAACAUAAACACGAAAUUGAUAUUAUAUGGGAUACAAUAAAGUGCUUAUUUGAUCAAUUGAUCUCCGUACAGCUCCAGAAAUAUGUAGCAUUUAAAGAUCCGUUUGAUGCAUUUUUGUUUACUUCUUUCAUGUGAUUUGUUUGUUUGCGAAAUACAAGAUCGAAUAAGUUCAGUUUUGGAGAAAAUACUUGCUACGGUGACUACAGUUAAUGUGUGUUUUAUAAUGGACGAGAUUUAGUGAAUGUGAUUCAGACUGAAAAUGAGUCACAGUAGUGACACAAUUAAUCCUCUUUCAGAACCUCUCAGAGUGGAAACUGAUAAUAAUAGUGUUGAUGCUGAUAACACGAACUAUUUUGAAGAGAAGGAUAAUUUCAGUCAAACAAAUGAUGAUACAGAUUCACUAGGACCUCUUCCCCCUAAGUGGGAAAAAGCUUAUACAGAAAGUGGUGAAGUCUACUUCAUCGAUCAUUCUACUGGUACUUCACAUUGGCUGGAUCCCCGCUUAUCAAAAUUCCAAAAAAAAUCUCUUGAGGAUUGUCUAGAUGAUGAACUACCUUAUGGAUGGGAAAAAAUCAGUGAUCCGCACUAUGGAACUUAUUUUAUUGAUCAUGUAAAUAGACGUACUCAAUAUGAAAAUCCUGUAAUUCAAGCUAAAAGGGCAGCUUCUCAAGCAUCUGCUGUUGUUAGUCAAACCUCCUUUACUAAGGAUCCAUCUGAGUUAUGUGGACAAAGGUUUCAAACAUCAUUAGUUAAGUCUUCGAGAGGGUUAGGAUUCACUAUAGUAGGAGGUGAUGAUACUGUUGAGGAAUUCCUUCAAAUAAAAUCUGUUGUGCCGAAUGGACCUGCAUGGUUAGAUGGACAGUUACAAACAGGAGAUGUUAUUGUAUAUGUUAAUGAUACAUGUGUCCUUGGCUAUACCCAUAAUCAAAUUGUCAGGCUCUUCCAAUCGAUAAGUGUUGGUUCUACUGUGCAACUUGAAGUUUGUAGAGGAUAUCCUCUUCCUUUCGAUCCAAAUGAUCCAAAUACAGAAGUUGUCACAACUAUUGCUGUUGAUUCUCAUCUGCAGCAAGUGCAGAAUGAUAAAAGGAUGUUAGAUACAAAUUUCAACUUCUUGGAGAAUGAUGAUUUAUCAAGGGAAGAUGAAAGUACUAUAGACACUACUGAUGAAAUUGAUGAUUUGCUCAAAGGUAUAAAUAAUCGUGGUAUAAGUAAGACAGAAGUUCGUGUAGGUAUAGUGAAAGGAAAUUUAGGUUUUGGUUUCACAAUAGCUGAUAGUGCCUGUGGACAACGUGUAAAAAAGAUUUUAGAUCGACAACGAUGUAAAAACUUAAUGGAGGGGGAUAUUCUCCUAGAAAUCAAUAACAUCUCUUUGGUUAACAUGUCUCAUGAUGAGGUUGUGCAAGUACUCAAAAACUGUCCUUUCAACAAUGAAGCUUUGAUUGUCGUUCAAAGAGAUUGCCUUGCCAAACCCUUGAGUUUGAGGAAUAAGCCUAGAAAGUUGGAAAAUAGAUUUGGGAAUAAAGAUAUUGGAAGUACAUAUAGAAGUAAAACUCCUACGGCUGAUAUCUACAACACUCAACCUCGAGAAGUGCUCCCUAGUAGACCUAAAACUCCAUUGAUUGAUACACGAGGUCUCUCAAAAACACCUGUCAAGGAUCUCAAUUAUAAUAGUCACGAAUUUAUGAAACAAAAUUUCGCCAAUGAUGGCUUCAACCACGAUCACUCUCGAUUGAGACUGUCCCUCAUCGAUAAUCCAGAUGAAGAUAUAGAUAUAGACAUUCCGGAAAAUAGUUCUCAAAGUAAGCAAUCACUCGAAUAUCCUCCACCGUUACUCGAUUCUAAGUUUGGUUUGUACAUGCCUAUUCCUCAUCGAUACGACUGUACAUGCUAUAGCUGUAACAGCCAAAAAAGUAGUCUAGAAACAUGUGAUCCGUAUGACAGCAAUGGAAUGAAGAAAAGUGCAAGUUUUGAUGCUUGGCAAUCGAUGUCUCGAAGCUCAAGUAUUGAAUACAAUACGAUGGCUGUAACUCUGAACAGGCAAGAGACUGGUUUUGGCUUUCGUAUUGUGGGAGGCAUCGAAGAUAAAUCACAGGUAGCUGUAGGGCAUAUUGUGCCAGGUGGUUCAGCAGACUUAGAUGGUAGGAUCCAAACAGGAGAUGAAAUAGUACGUGUAGAUGGUUAUUGUGUUUUAAAGGCAUCUCACCGCCAGGUAGUGCAGCUAGUAAAUGCAGCAGCGACACGAGGUCAAGUGAACCUUAUUUUACGUAGAAGAAUAUAUCCCACACAGUCCCUAGUGGCACCCUAUAGCAUGGGUGGAAUGCCCUGGCUUCAUGAUCAAUCUCCACCUCCAGUUGCUCACCUUUCACCAGUAGCACCUCAACAAACGGAAACUUAUGACGUUACUGUUAGGCGAAAUGAAAACGAAGGCUUUGGGUUCGUCAUUAUAUCAUCAGUCAAUAAAAUUGGAUCGACAAUUGGUCGUUUGAUAGACGAUAGUCCAGCAGAACGAUGUGGAAAGCUUCGUGUAGGUGACUUCAUUCUUGCCGUAAACCAUAUAGACAUCAUGCACAUGAGUCAUGGAGAUAUUGUCAACCUCAUCAAGGAGUCGGGAUUAUCUGUCACACUUACAAUUGCAGCAAAUCCCAUAUUGUGAUCGCAUGAAUAUUUUUUUACACUCCACAACAGGUACCAACGAUAGUUUUAGAAUAACCUCAUUUGAACCAAAAACAUUUUGAUAGAAAGGUUAUUCCUUUUUUUUACAAUGAAAGUGACCUUAUAACUUUUCAAAUUUUAUUUAGGGUAUGGUCCGUAUAUCGCCGAGAAUUUUAGAGCCAUUACCAGUGUCAGGUAACCUGCUUCGUAUCUACAGACCGCUUGACACUUGUCAAUGGUUAAUUAAUUUUUUUAUUGACAGAAUUCUGGAGGUUAUAAAUGAUUGAUCUCUUUUAAUUUGUAAAUAACUAAUAGAACUUAAUGGCUCUGAAGGAUAUUUGUUUCAUAAUCAGAAUAAUAAAGUUUUUGAGUGUUAGAUGUCAUAGAAAAUAUUCAUAAACAAUAACCUGAAAAUUAAAAUAACAACUGUCAAGCGGAGUGGGCGUGGUUACCGAACCUAACCAGAAUAAAAGUACGGUUGCUCAGGUGACAGAUAACUCACCCAAGUUUGAGGAAAUAGUCACCGGUUUUUGAGGAAUUUGACUUAUACGGACCACCAACUUACUAACCAUAGUAACCAAAGUGAUAUACGGACCAUACCCUCAAAUUACAAUGAAGUAGUAUUAUCUAAUUCCCAAUUGGUGUCUUCUCGUUGUAUUAAGGGGAUUAGAUGAAAACUAGAAUCAUUCAUUAAUGAACAGUUGGUGUGUUUGAAGCCACAAUAAUUUUUCGUGCAUCCAACAUUUUUCUGCAGUAUUAGCCUAUUCUUUCCUAAUUCAGCCAAUAAGAGAAGCCAAAGAAAAUUUGUAACAAUUAUUUAUCACGAGUUUUACUGUGCCUUCAAAACACAAAUCCAAUUGUUCAUUUGCACUCAUAUCGAUAUUGCCUUAGAAUUUUCUGAAAAGUUUUUAUAUUGAAUUUGUUAAAUUAAUGUUGUUAACUGACCUGUUGAAUUUGAAUAAGUUAUGUGAUAAAAUUGAAAAAAACGGUUGUCGAGUUUUAGUAUUCAUCUUAGUUGACUUGUCUUUUAGAUUCAAUUUUACCGGUUUCAUUAGAUUAAUGUGUCAAGUUUUAGAUAGAUAAAGUUUGAAGGAUUGAUCAAAUGAUUCUGACACACAACACACGGUAUUUUUACUAUUUAUUGUAUGACUGAAUUAUGUAGUAGAUCUCGAAUUUACUAACAAUGUAGAACGUAUAUUGACUCGUGUUUCUGAUGAUACAAUCUUUUAUUAUCAUCAGAAGUAUGUAGGACGUUUCUACUUUAUAUUGCCAACUUACAGCUUUCCUCUCUAUGCAAUUUUAAUAUUUAUUUUAAGAUAGCAAUAUUUUUAUUUUAUAGCAUUUUUUUAAAGGGGCCUGUUUAUCUGCGACAAUAUGAGGGCUAUUUUGAUUAAUUGAUAAUCACUAGUAUUUUAUUAUUUGAAUAAGGCAGCAAGUACCAAAAGACAACUGAUGAUACUUGUAUUAUUUUACAGCGUCACUUGUUGAAUUAUUCCUUAUAUGUGCAUUUAUCAGCUCGUAUCAUUCCUAGCAGGGUUUUAAAACAUUUUCUUCCAGUCUGUAUUUCUGUAUUAAAUUUUAAAUUAUA